CCGCCCGUCCCGCCUGCCCGCUCGUGGGUCCCCGCGGCAGCGGCGGCUACCCACUGACAGCGGCGGCGGCGCCAGGCCAGCCGUAGUAGCGUAGGGUCGUGCGGCUCAGAGACGCACACCCGGCCGAAGGGCGGCGCGGCGCGAAGAAGGCCGGAGCCGGGUCGCUCGGGAGGAGACCUCGCGGGCGCCAGGCGAGAGGCCGGCGUGAAGGAGCGUGGAGCCAGUGGCUGCCGGCGGCCCGGACCCGCCUGUCCUCGCGGCCGCCGCCGGCAUGAGCCACAUCCAGAUCCCGCCGGGGCUCACAGAGCUGCUGCAGGGCUACACCGUGGAGGUGCUGCGGCAGCAGCCGCCCGACCUCGUUGACUUCGCGGUGAACUACUUCACCCGCCUGCGCGAGGCCCGCUUGCAAGCCGCCAGCCCGCUCGCUGCCCCUCCUUCCGGCUCCCAAGCUCUGGAGCCCGGCCUUGGCCUGGUCACCGACGCGAAGGCGGAGAGCGAGUCGGAGGACGACGAGGACUUGGAUGUCCCAAUUCCUGGCAGAUUUGAUCGGCGAGUAUCAGUCUGUGCUGAGACCUAUAACCCUGAUGAGGAAGAGGAAGAUACUGAUCCAAGGGUGAUUCAUCCUAAAACUGAUCAACAGAGAUGCAGACUUCAGGAAGCUUGCAAAGAUAUUCUCCUUUUCAAAAAUCUGGAUCAGGAACAACUUUCUCAAGUCCUUGAUGCCAUGUUUGAAAGGACAGUCAAGGUUGAUGAGCAUGUCAUUGACCAAGGAGAUGACGGAGACAACUUUUAUGUCAUAGAACGGGGAACCUAUGAUAUUUUAGUAACAAAAGAUAAUCAAACUCGCUCAGUCGGUCAGUAUGACAACCGUGGCAGUUUUGGAGAACUUGCUCUUAUGUACAACACCCCAAGAGCUGCUACCAUUGUCGCCACUUCUGAAGGCUCCCUUUGGGGACUGGACCGUGUGACUUUUAGAAGAAUCAUAGUGAAAAACAAUGCAAAAAAGAGAAGGAUGUUUGAAUCAUUUAUUGAAUCUGUGCCCCUCCUUAAAUCGCUAGAGGUGUCAGAACGAAUGAAGAUUGUGGAUGUAAUAGGAGAGAAGGUCUAUAAGGAUGGAGAGCGCAUAAUUACACAGGGUGAAAAGGCUGAUAGCUUCUACAUUAUAGAGUCUGGCGAGGUGAGCAUCUUGAUCAGAAGCAAGACUAAAGCAAACAAGGAUGGUGGGAACCAAGAGGUCGAGAUUGCCCGUUGCCAUAAGGGGCAGUACUUUGGAGAGCUUGCACUGGUCACCAACAAACCCAGAGCUGCUUCGGCUUAUGCAGUGGGAGACGUCAAAUGCUUAGUUAUGGAUGUACAAGCAUUUGAGAGGCUUCUGGGACCCUGCAUGGACAUCAUGAAGAGAAACAUCUCACACUACGAGGAACAGCUGGUGAAGAUGUUUGGCUCCAGCAUGGAUUUGAUCGAUCCCGGGCAGUAGGGAAUUCCCAUUGGACCUAUUCGCAUAUAUCAAGUUUGUCAGCUGACUCAGGCAUUCAUCCUGAAGAUCAACGCUUUGUUUUUAAAAAUAAAAAUUAUUCACAAUUUCAUAGAAUUACUGUAAAAACCUUUCUAAUUAAGGUGUCGGGCCAUUUGGGAUUCCAGUUAUUAACCCCAGAGGAAAGUGAUUUAGUUUAUAUUUUGAAACUUUUUUAACCUUUUAAUUCUAUCAGGUAGAAUGCUCAUGAAUUAUCUCAAUUAACUAAAUAUAUCUCAGAAUGAUUUUUUUUUUCUUCAGAAUGACUUAGAAUCAAGAAGCUACAAGAGAUCCUAAAAACAGUGUGAAGGCUGCAUAGAGAUAUUUUGAAUGUUGUAGCCAAGUUUGUAUUAAAUCAAGAGGCCUUUCCCAAUAUGAUUUAUUUUUUAAUUUUAUGUAACUCAAUAGAUCCCUGAGAGAUCACAUUCUAGGGCUUGAGUCAUUCCUGUUGUAGAUAAUGAUGGAGACCAUACGUCACUUCCGUUGUCCACAUACGCCAGGCUCUCUGCUUUUGCCAUGGACCAUCUGGUGGAGAGAUUUCCAGAGGGGUGACCUACCACAACCUUGGUCAGUUCUCACUUUUUAUCAUGUUCUGUGAAGUGACAGCAGAAGGACUCUGUUCACACUGCCCUAGGUAGCAGCAUUGUAGCUCUCAGAAUCAUGAAAGGUUGUAACUGAUACCCCAAAACAGGCAGCUAGCACUGGGAAAGCCCAUGUGGUUUUUCCCAUGAUUUUCCAAGGUUGUUCUUCUCCAGGGUGUUGCUUUACUAUCAAAUAAGUUAGGAAAGCAGAUUUUGCACUUUAGCAGACAGGAAUCACCCAUUUCCUGCAAAAGUAGCAGGCACAUAAAGGUCUGGCCCCAACUAUGUGAGGACGCUGUUUAAACACUGAGCAGAUGCCCCUUUGUGCCCCCAUGCCAGCUUUAGUCAGGGCUGGCUGUGUGCUUAGUGCCAGAGUCACUCCUCCAGGCUGCUAGGCAUGGGCCUUUUCAGCCUGCCUCCUUGCACAUCCCAGUUCAGUCUUCCCCUUCACAGAGGCCUCUUUGAUACCCCCAACUCACUGAUGGCUGCUGUUUUAUAGAGUAAAGUCCAUCAUUUCAAGUCCUCCUGCUCUAACUACAGAUUGACAUAUGGAUCAUGAGUCCAGACCCUCACUGCCUACCUGGCCCUUUGGGGGGUUGGCUUGAGGAAGACCUUAAAGGCACCAGUGUGAGUGAAAUAGGAUACAACCAUUACCAAGGUGCCAGGGGUCUGACAGUGUUCCAGUUCUCUUUGCAGCAUGGGAAACCAAAGGUGGCAGACCAAGUUCAGCUGAGGGCUCUGGUGUCCACAUUAUGUCAGGCAAGCCCUGAACUUUUGGGUGAGCCUCAAGGGGAGGAGCAUAUUGGGAAGAGAUCUCUUUGUUAAUUGCUUUAUAUUGCUUCCAUAUAUUGCUUCCAUGGGUUAGAAUUUCAUGCCCUCUUUCCUGGCUUUGCUGUUGGUUUGGGAUGGUGAAGUAUAUUCCUGAGAGCCUUGAGGUCCAACCUACAGUAUUAUUUUUCCUUCUGGCCCCAGUUUAUUGCACCCACUCUGUUCUUUUGGCUGUAUUCUCUGAAGGAAGGGUUCAUGUGCACUAUCCUCUUAGUUGAUAGUCUUUAUAUAUGAUUGCUACAGAUUUUCAAGUGAGAGUGCAGCUUUUCUUUGAGCAGUUUAAUGAGUGAAUUCAGCAGCACAGUGGCGAGAAAUGGUUCUGUAGCUAGGAGGGGUCAUGUUCAUCUUCUUAUUGCCCAGAUUCUCUGCUCACAAUGGUAGUCAAUGAGAAGCUCCACUGGUGCCCACCAGCACCCUGGGCACACAAAAUUACUCAUGUCCUGUCACAGUGUAGAAACAAUCUUCUCUUGUUUCAAAAAAGUGAAAGAGCAUUUUUGCACAGAGAAAAAGGAAAAAGACCCCUGAAUGUCAUCUUUUAACUUUUGUUUUCAGUUGGCUAAUGUUGGAAUUUUUGUUCAUGACAUGUACUUGUAAAUUAUUCUUGCCAAGAUACAAGUUGUUUUGGUUUUUCACUACAAUUACCUCUUGUUCCUCCUGUCUUGACUGCUGACGUUCCUCAACGAUUCUAAUGUCUAUUUUAUGGGAAGCAGCCUUCCCCUGUGGGUUUCCUUUUUUCACACUGCAGGGCUAUCUUUAUACUUAAAAAAAAAAAAAAAAAAAAAAGAGAAAACUGUCACUAACCUCAUGGGGGAUUUACAGAAAACCAUUUAGUCCACCUUGAGCAAAAGGUAGAUUCCUCAUUGUUUUCUUAAGCUCAUUGUAAUAAAAGAAAUCUAAUUCAGCAUUAUUGUGCUACCUCAAAGGUAAAAUGUUUUAAGGUCUUUUUUUUUUUGGUCCUGAGUUCUACACAUAGUGUUUGAAAUGUCUUUCAAUUAGAAUUGUUUUUAAAUCAUUGGGGACGAUCUUAUUUUAACUGUUUUACACUUGUAUUUUAAUCUCAGAAGAAUAAGUGAUUAGAAAGUGAUCAAUUCUUGCUCUGUAGUAUUGAACAUAAUUAAAUCAUUGUUUGCCAUAAACAAGGUUGGGUUUUUUAAAAGGAAACUCUGGGGGCUUGGCUUUCCUCUUGGUUAAUAAAGGCUGACAAAUCAUGUCUGA